AUAUACAUCUCUCUCUCUCUCUCUCUCUCUUCUCCUUCUCUCUCCUUUCUCUCCAUCGACAUCUCACACAAACACACGAGCACCACCAGCGACCACCACCAGCCACUGCCCCUCCGAUGAUGUUAGUUACACGAACACCAAUCGAUUGAUUCCGAGCUUGGCAUUUGAUUCCAAUUCUGAGCCUUGGAUUAAUUCGUUUCAUUUCAACUUUAUGAUCUCAAGCAGCAAGGAUUCAUAGAGAGACAGGAGCUUAUGAGGUUUUAAUAUGUCAAAAUGAGGCUGAAAAAUGCUUAAUUGAAACGUCUAUAAAUUCAUUGCGCAUAAGCCUCAAGAAGCAUUUCAAGUAUUGAGGAGAAAGCCAGUACAGUAAGAAGCAGCGUUUUCAUGCAAGGGGAAAAACGCAAUGCUUUGUAAAAACGCAACAAACACCAUUUGGGAAGAGAUAAAAAUGCAAGUCUGUCAAAUUACAUAACUACCCUCCGUCUUAACAAAUUGGGGCCUAGGGCAAAACACAUUCAUUUGCCUCCUCCCCGCUGCUGUUGAUUUCCUCCUCCUUGCUGCUGCGCUUGCAACUCCCUCCAACAACCCAUGACAUUGUCGUCCCCCGCCGACGCUGCCGCCAAAAUACUCGUCCACAUCCUUGCCGUUGCCGGAUCUGCACCAUCAGGUACAACAAUCGCACUACUUAUGGCAACGAACCGUUCAUCACCCCGUACCCCUUCCAAGAAUCGAGGCAAGGCCGUCAUAGCAACCCAACAACAACCAGUCCACAAAUGCCAAUUCAACAGUGACAAUACAAAAAUGUUUCUACAACUCGUCAUUGCUGAAAUGGAUGUUGGUAAUCGACAACCUUGCGGAUUGUCGAUGACUGGGUAUAAGAAUGUUGCCUACAAGUUCUUGGACAAAACCGGACUGCUACAUUCGGCCAAACAAAUUAAAAACAAAUUUGACAACUUGAAGAAAGAUUGGGUUGCGUGGAAGAAGUUAGAGUAUGCUGCCCAAGGAUUGACAGGGUUUGGGUACGACCAAGAGGCGGGUUUGUUCACUGCACCUGACCAUUGGUGGGCUAAAAUGCAAGCGAUGAACAACCGAUGUGCAAAGUUCAAGACCAAGCCUCUAGAGCACUUGGAGCUCAUGGAACGGGUGUAUUCUAGCGCAACUGCGACAGGGAAGCAUGCAUGAACUCCAACUGAACUGCGUGAUGAUGAUGCUACCGUUGCCAAUGCCACCAAGGACAACGGGAUGGGACCUCUCAAUGAUGGCACACCAACACAUUCGGGCCAUGACACUAUUGGGGAGAACCUGGUCGAUGGUUCCCUGUUCGAUGAUGCCCCCCCGCAGUCAGUAGCCAACGGAUCAGCAAAUGCAAAACGUCGCAAGCGGGCAGUGCCUGGUACUGUUGCUAGUAGCAUGGACAACCUCGUCGAAACUGUCAGCAAACAAAGCCGGGAACUUAAAAUUAAGCAGUAUGUUGUCACUAGGAAGGGUGACAACACUGUGGGCGACUGUCUUGCAAGGCUAAUGAGCACGCCUAGAUUGGAGCUCGGCGGUAAGUUGUUCUCAUUCGCAUGCGCCAUAAUGGAUUCACCCGAUAAUCGGGACAUCAUCAUGGCCCUCUCCAUGGAUUACAUUGUCAACUGGUUGACAGAGAAGCGUGCCUGCACGCCGGCAAAUGUUGGCAGGGAACGUGAACGCGACGUAUGUCUGUUCGGGAGUGAUGGUGUGGUUGACAUGGACUAGGCUUCAGUGGCUGGAUUGUCUUUUUUUAUUGCUGCCACAGCACUGUACUUCGAAUGUUUGUGGAAUGUUAUGCUUUGGACGUUUUUUUUUUUCAUUUUUUUUAAUGUGUUGUUUUGCAAACUUGUUUUGUGGAAGAACGAUAUGUUCGACAAUUGUGUUGUCGUUAAGUUAUUUAUUGUUGUUGGGUGCA